AUGUGGAGGAGGACUUGCCGCCCAUCUCGUCUGUGCUGGCUGUGGGCGUUACGCGUGCCUUUCUUUGCCCUUCCGUUCCUCUCUCACUUGUGGAUAGCAUCAACAUCAUGCUCAACAUCCUCCUGCUCCCAAUCAAGCGGACACCUCUACAACCCAAGCGGAUCAUCCACCUCUACAGGGCUCAAUUUUCAAAUCAACUACAUCCAGGGCACCGUACAAGGUCCCAUCGUCUGGGACACAGUUACUGUAGGCGGGUAUACAAUAGAUAGUCAAGCGCUCGCGGCAGCAGCAUCAGUAACGAACGAACCCCUCUCCUCAACCUUCAACGGCCUCCUAGGCCUCGCCCUCCCAUUAAACAGCGUCAUCGCCUCCCUCAUCCCACCCGUCACAGGCAACUCACCCGACGGAGCAGCGUGGGCUUCAAACCUCUUCUCCAUAACACCCACCACAUCCGCCGCCUCCUCCCGCUUCCUCUCCCUCUCCCUCUCCCGCCCCGGCUCGAAUCGCGUCCCCGCGUUAUUAGGCAUAGGAAGGCAUCCAUCCGCGUUAGUCAGCGAUCCAAGUGCGAUACGGUACUCGACGCUCGUAAGCGAAAGGGAAGGGACGUUGUUCUGGAAAGUGAGCGUUAGGGCGAUAACGGUGUACGUUAAUGGCGUGCCGAUGCCUGUGGAGGUUGGACGCUCGAAUACGGGUGCUGUUUUCCCGAGUGCUGUUGUUGAUUCGGGGGUUCCGUUGAUUUUGACGACGUCGGCGGUGGCGAAUGCGAUUUAUGGUGCUAUUGGGAUAAGUCCGGGUAGUGAUGGGAAUUAUUACGUCCCAUGCACGACACCUCUAAACCUAACCAUCACCCUCGACGACCGCCCCGAAAUCCCAUUACACCCUUUGGAUCUAACAACCGAACCACCAACAGGGAACCAAGCCCAGUUCUGCACGGGCCUUAUCCAAGCUGACAAUGCGGACCUUGCAGUGGCGAAUAACAAAAUUGGGGAUAUGAUUUUGGGAGUCCCGUUCAUGAGGAACGUGUACACCGUUAUGGCGUAUACGCAACCUAAUUCUGACGGUUCCUUCCCCUUGGCUUCGAAUGCCUCUUCCUCUUCGUCCUCCUCCUCCUCCUCCUCGGCAGCGGCUGCAGUGGGCCUUUCGAGCACACAGAUCCAGCCCCGGUUGGGGUUCCUCCCAUUGACAGAUCCAACCAUCGCACUCCAGGAAUUCCGGACUGUCCGGGUUUUGAACCAGCCCAUCUCAUCUGGCACCGGAGGAGGAGCGGGGGGAGGAGGUGCUGGCUCGUCCUCGUCUUUUCACGCAGAGGGGGGGAAGAAGUUGUCAGUGGGGAUCAUCGCGCUUCUUGGCCUCGUCGGCUUUUUCGUCGUUUGUCUUGGCAUGUUUGGGGUGUGGUGGUUCGUUGUCAGACGGCGGUAUGUGAGGGAAAAAGCUGGUGUUGGCGUUGGUGACCUAGGAGGGGGAGGGGGGAAAGCGGGGUAUGCGUUGGCCGAUAUGCCGAGUGAAGAUCGACUUCGGGCCAUGCGGUACGAGGCGUAUUUGAGGAAAGAGGAGAGGGUUACGUCUGGGUCUACGAUGAGCAGUGGACAGACUAGGGUUGGUGGCGGUGCAGGUGGUGGUGGCGGUGCAGGUGGUGGUGGUGUUGAUGAGAAUGGGAAUAAUAAAAAGUUUGGUGAUGAUGAACGAGAGGAAGACAUUGAUAUUUGGGAUCCGAAGACUGCGUUGGCCUGGGGUGGGGAUGAUACACUCGUCGGCAAUCGGACAUCCAAAGCUUCCCUUGGACAAAACACCACCUCCUCGCCACCACUGCACGCCCGCACACGAAGCGAAUUCGGGAUGAUUGAUAAAAGCCAACAACUUGGAAUGGGCGCUGCGUUCCCCCUUUUGGGUAUGGGGCUGGGGUACGAAUCUCAUCCGCAUCAUCACCACCAGCCAUCGGACGAUUUUCCGGUUGGGGAUACGGGGGAUGAUUUCAACUUUACGUCGUUGUCUGAGCUUGAUCAUCAGCAUCGGCGGGAAGAGGGGAUGGAGGAAUUCGGUGUGGGAGGAGGAGGAGGAGGGGGGAUGGCGGGGGUGGGUACUGCGUCGAGGACGAGUAAGAUUGAUUCGGUGUUUCAGAGGGAUAGUGUGGUUAGUGCUGGGACUGUUGUUGCCCCAGGGGAGAGGUAUUCGACGGGCUCUGUGCUGUGA